AUGCGGCUUCUUGAAACAUUCUUUGUCUUUUGGCUCUCCAUCAUUAUUGCUACUGUGGUGGGCCAGUCUCCGGUGAUCGUCCACGAUAAUGUUCACAAUUUGACCUACAUAGGCUACAACUAUAGCGGUGUGGAGAAUUUCCAGGGCAUUAGAUAUGGCAAGGACACAUCGGGCUCAAAUCGAUUCAAGCAUCCUCGAGCCUUUACUUAUCCCGCAGGGACAACAGUGGCUGCGACAGCGGCGGGACCAUCGUGCCCUCAAAACACAAUCCAGUCAUUUAUUGGCUUUACUCAAAACCCAGGCGUCUACAAUAUGUCCGAAGAUUGUUUGAAUUUAAGAAUUGCCAGGUCUGCAGGUACCAAGCAGAAUGCCAAUCUCCCAGUCAUGGUGUGGAUCUAUGGCGGAGGGGACGAGACAGGAUCCGCGAAUUACUCGCUCUAUGACCCCACUGCACUCGUGCUGGGGGCUGAAGCCAAAGGGACUCCAUUGAUGUUCGUGGCGAUGAACUACCGUCUCAAUAUCUUCGGUUUCGCCAAUAGUCCCGCUUUGAGGGCCGAGAAAUCCCUCAACUCAGGGCUAUUAGACCAACGCCUUGCUCUUGAGUGGAUUCAGGAAAACAUUGCGGCAUUCGGAGGCAACCCGAAAGAAGUCACACUUUUUGGCCAAAGUGAUGGAGCGACCGGCAUAGGUUUGCAAAUGACUGCCUAUGGCGGGAAAGGCUCUGUCCCUUUUCGACGCGGAAUCAUGGAAUCUGGUUCACCAGCCGGUGAUCCGGGGGUGUCGGGUAAUUUCACAAUCAUCAGCACAUCUACUGUUGCGGGGUUGGCAGAUUGCACGGGAACAAAUAGCUCCAUGGUCCUGGCGUGCCUCCGCCAACUGCGGAUGACCACUCUGCUGGGUGCGGUCCUGACAUAUGAGAACAUGACCAAAAAUGAGACGUCCCAGGAUAUAUUCUUCCCCACUAUCGACGGCGACUUCAUACCCGCACCACCUUCGAGUCUCAUACGGAAGGGACAGUUUCACAAGAACAUCUCCAUCAUUGCCGGCUGGACCUACAACGAUGGCAGCAUAUUCACGAGCCCUACACUCAACAGCUCAGAGCAGGUGCGGGGAUUCGUCCAGGCAUCCUAUCCACACGUCAAUUCGUCUACAUUGCAGACGCUGCUCUCUUUGUAUCCGGUUAACGACUUCGCAGCUGCCGCUCAGGCCGUUACUAUCUCCCCAUACUUCCUUCAAGGCGCCGAAAUAUAUCGCGACAUUAACUUUGCAUGCCCGGCAAUGGACGUUGCGCACCACGUCGCUCAGUAUGGCAGUCCGAGCUAUCUCUACGAGUUGAACGCUACGUCAUUCGAUUCUCUGCUCAUGCUAGCCAACGCCUCGUUUGAAGGCGUCAUCCACAUCUCAGACGUUCCUUUCGUUUUCAAUCGAGCAAACAUAGGCCUUGGGAUCACAGCUGCACAACAUGCUAUUCAAACAGCCAUGUCGGGAAGCUGGGCACGAUUUGUGGACGACGGAAAUCCCAACGGGAAUGGAACAACCGCAUUUUCAGGCUGGACUCGGGCAUAUAAUAAGACGGAGGCGGCUGUGAAAAGUCAGACUGUACAGCACGCAAGCGUCAGGGUGAUUGGAGGACUGAAUGCGGGACAGCAUGAACUGAAGAUGAAUGCUGCAAGGGGUAUAGAGCCACAACUGCUGAAGAGAUGUGCUUUUCUCAAUUCGGAGAGCUUCUAUCAGCAGCUUCAGACUUGA